GAGGAGGAGGCUGGAGUGGGUACAAAUCCCUCCCAGCGCUUUGCCUGGCGAAGGAGUUUGUGAUUCGGGCUCCCGUCCUGGGGCGUGGAACUGGCGCGCCUCUAUAUAAAAAGGUUUCCCGACCAGGCAGCCUCGGAGCUGGCUGCGCCCCCGCGGUUGGCCCUCGGUUCGGUCCAGAGCGCACAAAGGAGGCCCGACCGGCGGAGCCGAGGCACAACGCGACGCAGCGGAUCCCCGGUCGGGCGGUCGGUCAGGCGGGCGGGCGGGCUUCGCGCGCGUCCCCCCCUCCUUUGUUUCCUUCCCCGAGAGGGGGGGGGGAAGGCAGCAGCGGCCGCCUCUUUCGUGGGAGGGAAGCGGAGGAGGCAAAAGCGGACCGACCGGGGCAGAAUUGUUCCGAAGUGAGCCGCGCCGGGAGGACUCGCCCGCCCGUGGAGCCAGGUAAAGGCGAUGUGAAGCAGAUUCCGUGUCCCAAGACACCGAAGAAUGCUUGGCAAGCACCAUCUUUUCCAGCCAUCUGUUGAAGAUGUUCAAUGUGGCUGUCCAUCCAUUUCAUGUUGGGCAGAUGGCUUUGUUGCCUUCUAGGGAAUGAAAACCAGCCGGAGCAGAUCUGCGGAGAUGGCUGCGUGAUCUACCAAUUCAUCUUUAAUCAAGAGGUGAAGCUCCUCAAAGGAGACCGUAUUUUCCCAGCUUGCAAACAGAUAUAAAGCCUUCUGCUCUGCCUCUUUUGCUCAUUAGAGGUUGGUAGCUCAGCCCUGGACUAGCUGAGAAUCCUCCAUCUCUAUACUGUGAGAUCCUGUUCUGGAGGGCUGGACGAUUUCAGGACUACAAUGGAAGAGAAUGUAUUCAGCGUCCAACAGAUUCAGCCCAACGUGAUCUCGGUGAAGCUCUUCAAACGCAAGAUUGGUGGCCUCGGAUUCCUGGUGAAGGAACGAGUCAACAAGCCGCCUGUGAUCAUCUCUGACUUGAUUCGAGGAGGGGCAGCAGAACAAAGUGGCCUUAUUCAGACGGGAGAUAUUAUCCUAGCAGUUAAUGGGAAGCCCCUGGUUGAUAUGAACUAUGACGCAGCCUUAGGAGUCCUUAGAAGCAUCGCUUCGGAAACUUACGUUGUUCUCAUCUUAAGAGGCCCCGAGGGCUUCACCACUCACCUAGAGACAACUUUUACUGGAGACGGGACCCCAAAAACCAUCCGAGUCACCAGACCUCUGUGUGGGACGCCAACCGUAGGUGAUCAGGCAUCUGCUCCGAGCAUCCACACCAAAGACAAGCAACAGGGGCAAGAACACAGCAUGGGGGGCUCCGUCAGCUCCCGAUGUACCCGGGAGAAUGGGCAAGAGGAAGAAGACCUGGUGCACAUCAACGGCAUGGUAGCCAGCAACGUGGCCAAGGACACUCUGAAAGCAAACCAGGAUAUCCCCGACCAUUGUCUGAAUGGCAGUGUUGAAAACAGUGAACUGCUCAAGGAGAUUGAACCCGUCCUGGAUCUUCUGAAGGGCAACAGCCAAGAACUCAACGGCAAUGCUGAAGCCCAGAUGGCGAUGAGAGACGUUGAAAUCCAGGUGGACAGUUUAUGGGAAGCCGGCCGGAAGUCGCCAAGGACAUUUCCAACGCAGCUGGAGAGCGACCGAGUCGUCAAUGAUCAGUGGGGGGCAUCUAAAACAAGCUCCAUGCCAAGCAACAUGUCUUCAGACAAGGACCAGGCAGGUGGCAACAAGGUCCCUUCUGGCCAGUGGUCACCUACCAAAAAAGUGGUGAACGAAAGCCCUUCCAAAUGCCCCCGUUUUACCAAAGUGAGGAACUGGGAAACUGGCUGUGUGCUCAACGAUACUUUGCAUUUGAAGUACUCCAUGGUGACCCCUUGCAGUGAUCAGGUCUGCAUGGGGUCCAUCAUGAUCCCUCCUCAGCAUGUCCGCAAACCGGAAGAAGUCCGGACGAAGGAUCAGCUCCUCCUCCUCGCCAAAGAAUUCAUUGAUCAGUACUACUCCUCCAUCAAGAGGUCUGGCUCAAAAGCUCACAUGGAAAGGCUGGUGGAAGUCACCAAAGAGAUAGAAACCACGGACACUUACCAGUUGCACGAUACGGAGCUGAUCUAUGGAGCCAAGCACGCCUGGCGUAAUGCGUCUCGUUGCGUGGGGAGAAUCCAGUGGUCCAAGCUGCAGGUUUUUGAUGCCCGGGACUGUACCACAGCCCAUGGGAUGUUCAACUAUAUUUGCAACCACAUCAAAUAUGCAACGAACAAAGGGAACCUCAGGUCCGCCAUCACCAUCUUCCCCCAGAGGACGGAUGGCAAACACGACUUCCGGGUCUGGAACUCCCAGAUCAUCCGUUAUGCUGGUUAUAAACAACUGGACGGUACCAUCGUGGGUGACCCAGCUAAUGUGGAGCUGACUGAGAUUUGCAUACAGCAAGGGUGGAAAGCCCCCCAUGGCCGAUUUGAUGUCCUGCCACUCCUUCUCCAGGCCAAUGGAAAUGACCCUGAGCUUUUGGAGAUCCCACCUGAGCUGGUGCUGGAAGUCCCCAUGAGACAUCCCAAAUUCGAGUGGUUUAAAGAACUCGGGCUCCAGUGGUAUGCCUUACCAGCUGUUUCCAACAUGCUGCUUGAGAUUGGAGGCCUGGAGUUCACUGCCUGCCCUUUCAGUGGCUGGUACAUGGGGACCGAAAUCGGAGUGCGGGAUUACUGCGACAGCUCUCGCUACAACGUCCUAGAGGAAGUUGCCAAAAAGAUGAAUUUAGACAUGCGGAAAACAUCCUCCCUCUGGAAAGACCAGGCACUUGUGGAAAUCAACAUUGCAGUCCUGUACAGUUUCCAGAGCGACAAGGUGACGAUUGUGGAUCACCACUCGGCCACCGAGUCCUUCAUCAAGCACAUGGAGAAUGAAUACCAUUGCCGGGGAGGCUGUCCAGCUGACUGGGUGUGGAUUGUCCCACCCAUGUCUGGAAGCAUCACCCCUGUCUUCCACCAGGAAAUGCUCAACUACAGACUUACACCCUCCUUUGAGUAUCAGCCUGACCCGUGGCACACUCACGUCUGGAAAGGUGGCAAUGGUACCCCAACUAAGAAGAGAACAAUUGGCUUUAAAAAAUUAGCUAAAGCUGUCAAGUUCUCUGCGAAGCUGAUGGGACAAGCGAUGGCGAAGAGGGUCAAAGCAACCAUCCUGUAUGCCACGGAAACAGGGAAAUCCCAGGUCUAUGCAAAAACACUCUGUGAAAUCUUCAAGCAUGCCUUUGAUGCCAAGGUGAUGUCGAUGGAUGAGUAUGAUACCGUUCACCUGGAACAUGAAACCCUGGUUCUGGUGGUCACAAGCACCUUCGGCAACGGAGACCCUCCUGAGAAUGGAGAGAAAUUUGGGUGUGCCUUGAUGGAGGUGAGAAAUCCUAACUCCAGCUUAGAAGAGAGCAGAAGCUACAAAGUGCGCUUCAACAGUGUUUCCUCAUAUUCGGAUGCUCGGAAAUCCUCUAUUGAUGGACCUGAAGCCAGGGAUAACUUUGAGAGUGCUGGUCCUCUAGCCAACGUCAGGUUCUCUGUCUUUGGAUUGGGCUCCCGAGCUUAUCCUCAUUUCUGCGCCUUCGCCCGUGCUGUGGACACACUCCUGGAAGAGCUGGGAGGGGAACGCAUCCUAAGGAUGGGCGAGGGGGAUGAACUGUGUGGUCAGGAGGAAUCCUUCAGAACCUGGGCCAAGAAAGUCUUCAAGGCAGCGUGUGAUGUCUUCUGUGUGGGGGAUGACGUCAACAUCGAAAAAGCCAACAACUCUCUCAUCAGCAACGACCGCAGCUGGAAGAGAAGCAAGUUCCGGCUGACCUACGUGGCUGAGGCUCCAGAGCUGACCCAAGGUUUAUACAGCAUCCACAAAAAACGAGUCUACGCCGCUCGGCUGCUGGCCCGUCAGAAUCUCCAAAGCCUCAAAUCCAGCCGUUCCACCAUUUUCUUGCGGCUUCACACGAACGGGCAGCAGGGGUUGUGUUACCUGCCCGGAGAUCACCUGGGAGUGUUUCCGGGAAACCAUGAAGAUUUGGUCAACACUUUGAUUGAAAGGCUGGAGGAUGCACCUCCCACCAACCAGCUAGUAAAAGUGGAACUUCUGGAAGAGAGAACUACAGCUUUAGGUACCAUCAGCAACUGGACCGAUGAGGACCGCAUUCCUGCUUGUACCAUAUUCCAGGCGUUCAAAUAUUACCUGGACAUCACCACCCCUCCCACACCGAUUCUGCUGCAGCAAUUUGCCUUACUGGCCACUGACGAGAAGGAGAAGAAACGCUUACAAGUUCUUAGCAUGGGUCUUCAGGAUUAUGAGGAAUGGAAGUGGUCGAAAAACCCCACCAUGGUAGAAGUGCUGCAAGAAUUCCCAUCCGUGCAGAUGCCUUCCACCCUCCUCCUCACCCAGCUCCCUCUGCUUCAACCUCGUUACUAUUCCAUUAGUUCCUCCCCAGACAUGUAUCCAAACGAAGUGCACCUCACAGUGGCUGUGGUGUCCUAUCGCACCAGAGAUGGGGAAGGUCCAAUACACCACGGAGUAUGUUCUUCCUGGUUCAACCAGAUACAGGAGGAUGAGGUGGUGCCAUGCUUUGUUAGAGGAGCACCUGGAUUUCACUUGCCACAAGAUCCCCAGAUUCCCUGCAUUCUGGUUGGCCCUGGGACUGGAAUUGCACCUUUUCGGAGCUUCUGGCAACAGCGGCUCUUUGAUCUCAAACAUAAAGGGCUGAAACCAUGCCCCAUGACACUAGUCUUCGGUUGCCGACAAUCCAAGAUUGAUCACAUUUACAAAGAAGAGACUUUGCUGGCCAAGAGCAGUGGGGUCUUCAAAGAGCUGUUCACAGCCUAUUCUCGUGAACCAGAAAAACCAAAGAAAUAUGUGCAGGACAUCCUGCAGGAGCAAUUGGCAAGCUCGGUCUACAGAGCUCUGAAGGAGAAGGGUGGUCACGUCUACGUGUGCGGUGAUGUCACCAUGGCUGGAGAUGUGCUCAAGACCAUCCAAAAUAUUGUUCGGGAACAGGGGAAGCUGUCAGCCGAGGAAGGCGCAGCAUUCAUUAGCAAGCUGAGGGAUGACAACCGAUACCACGAAGAUAUCUUUGGAGUCACUCUGCGCACGUACGAAGUGACCAACCGCCUCCGAUCUGAGUCCAUUGCACAGAUCGAGGAGAGCAAAAAAGACACAGAUGAGGAUUUGACCGUCCACGACCUUUGCUCUUCUGUGUCUCGUCCGGUUAUUGUAUCCUGAAGGAAGCGUUGCUACCGAUGCACUGAUGGGUGAUAAAGAAAUGGACCAUGGAGUUGUUUCUCUUUCUCCUCCACCCCCCCUAACCCCUUCCCACCCUGUGGUCGCUUUCUUUUCUCGCCCUGUGCCCUCCUCUCUGGAGCUCCCCUGCUGAAGCGCAAUGGCUGUUAACAACCUUGCCGUGGCUUUUUUCCGCCAAAAAAAAAAAAAGCACAGCCACACUCUUUCAUCCUCUCUCUUGCUGCGGACAAGGCCGUUUCCCAGGGCUGCAUGAAAUCCCCUCUUCUUUAGCAAUCCAUCCUCUGCAAGUUUGGGGCUUCGGGGUUGGGAGGCCAGGCUUUUCUCCGGCUGGUGGCGGCAGCGUGCCCGAUGCAGAAAGUUGGGGCUCUGCCCAAAUCUCUGCCCGUCCACUCAGCACGAUUUGCUUCAAAAAUCAUUGGCUCGCUUUCUUUUUCCUUUUUGUCCCAUUGUCUUUUGCAAAUGGGGGGGGGGGCGGUGAGGGAGAAAGGGAGAGGGCCGAUGCCUGCUUUUUCUGUAUCUCUGCUCGUGCGCAGCCUCUCCGGCUGCUGUUUCACACAGGGGUCCUCUCCCCUGUGAAGGCAGCCACCCACUCCCCCCUCUCAGCAUGCCGUGUUCCCUUCGGACUGUCUUUAUGUAGCUGUGUUCUAUAGGGCUCUCCUCCUUCUGUCCCGUCCCUCGCAAGUUUACAAAACCCAGUGGCCACCAAGCCGAAAAGGAUUUGACCGAGAAGCAAUGGUACCCCAGCUCUGCCUUCUUGGGAUUUAACGAGAUGAUGAAUGGACAGCAGAUCCUCCCAAUAACUCUGAAAUUGUUUUGCCUUCAUACUGGGAAGCAGAGAGAACAAGGACGCUGCCCAAAGACCAACUCUGUGGAAACAUAGAUACAAGCCAGAGACGCUCCCACAAUCUUCGCAAAAAGCUUCGAAGUGUGUGUGUGUGUGUGUGUGUGUGUGUGUGUGUGGUGUGUGGAGGAGGUCCUUUUCAGCCUCUUUGCCAAAUGACCCCUAAAUCAAUGGCUGGAUUAAUCAGUUUCAGGGAAAUUGGUUAAACCAAGGUUGGAAUCGAGGUUGGAAAUGGGGAAGAUAAUUGACAAUGCUGUCAUCACUGGGGUUGGUUCCCUCCCUUUAUUUCAUCUCUCCCUCCCUCUAACUUUCGGAUUUGAGCCCGGUCAAAUAUCCAAAACAAGUCGUGCGUAUUUGGCAGUUUGCAUCCAGGGAGGUGGUGGAGAU